GUGUCGCCUCCGCCUGGAUCGUCCGCCACUGCCAGCUGCCAUUCCGCCUCGGAUCUGAGUCGCCUUGCUGCCUCUGCGCCCGGACACAGCCGCGCAUUCCCCACCGGCUCGCCGAGCAGGGGCCCUGCUCCCACGCUGCUCACUCUCCCCAAUUUCCCACGCACGCCUAGCGAGGUCGGGGGUUGAGGUCUGGCGGAGAUGGGCGGCGUGCCCUGGAACCGGGUGGAACUUACGCUGCUCGUACUCUACGCGCUGGGCUUCUACCUCGUCGUGAUCUGGAGGUCGCUUCGCCUCUCGCACGAAUAUUCCGGGAGGCUCUACGGACUACGCGUGGGAUCACUUGCGGGUCAUCUGAAUGACCUGUCGGAUGCGCAAUGGAGAAACUUCCGCGGGAACUUGCCAAUUCUGACUGUUGUAAUGGGAGCAUUUCUGAUUCUGGUCAAUACGUUGAGAUAUUGCUAUGGCCUGAAAGGUCGAGGUACUGCUUUGUUGUGGCUCAUACUGUCUUUGAGCUAUUUAUGCUAUCUUCACGGUGCUUGUGUUGUUUUUGUUCUUUUAAUUGCACUGAUUAAUUACUCAAUAGUGAAGCUAUUUGCUCAUUAUAAGUAUUGCACAAGUCUCAUUUGGAGCUUCAACUUAUCUGUUCUUAUUCUUAACCGAGUUUAUGAAGGAUAUUCAUUCUCAUUGUUCGGUCAAAAUAUGGCUUUUCUAGACAACUAUCGGGGUACAUUCAGGUGGCACAUAUGCUUCAAUUUUGUUGUAUUACGGAUGAUUAGCUUUGGAUGUGAUUACUGCUGGACAAUUCAUUCUUCUCAUUUUGACUUCAAGAAACAUAUGCAAAGAUGUCAGGUUUGUUAUUCUGGAAAGACAUGCUACUUUGCUUUGCAGGAAAGAGGGCUCAGUCUUGACAGAUAUACAUUUCUUAUGUAUUUAUGCUACUUGACAUAUGCUCCAGUGUAUAUUGCUGGACCUAUUGUUGGAUACAAUGCAUUUGCUGCUCAGUUAGAGGUACCCCAGAAAAAUUAUUCAUUUGCACAAAUAUCUUGGUAUGGUCUAAGGUGGAUUUUGAGUUUCCUUCUUAUGGAAGGCAUGACACACUUUUUCCACUACAAUGCCUUUGUAGUAAGCCGGCUAUGGCAGCAGUUAUCCCCUUUUGAGGUUUUCAUCAUCAGUUAUGGGGUGUUAAACUUUAUGUGGUUGAAAUUCUUUCUUAUUUGGCGCUACUUCCGGUUUUGGUCACUGGUUGGAGGAGUCGAGACUCCUGAAAACAUGCCAAGGUGUAUAAAUAAUUGCCAUGAUCUGGAGAGUUUCUGGAAAAGCUGGCAUGCUUCUUUUAAUAAAUGGUUGGUUAGGUACUUAUACAUUCCUCUUGGUGGUUCUCAAAGAAAACUACUGAGUAUCUGGGUGAUAUUCACGUUUGUAGCAGUGUGGCAUGAUCUAGAAUGGAAACUUAUCUCAUGGGCAUGGUUGACUUGCUUAUUUUUCAUUCCAGAGAUAUUGGUUAAAUCUCUGUCCAGCAAAUUUCAGGCAACUAGUUCCCUUGGGAUGCUUGUUCACCGUGAAUUUAAAGCAAUUGCUGGUGCAGUGACAAUCAGCUGUCUUAUGGUGGCAAAUCUUGUUGGUUACGUCGUGGGGCCAUCCGGGAUUAAAGUUCUGAUAUCAAGAAUGGCUGGGAAGGAUGCCCUGCCUUCCCUUGCCUUCAUAUUUACUACGUUCUACGUGGGCGUUAAGCUUAUGUUCCAUAUACGGGAUGCUAGCAAGAACCAAGGUUGAGGGAGCUUUAAGAUGAUGUCUCCAGUUUUGACUCGCAAGCAAGCAGAUGGCUUCGCCGUGGCUGAAGAUGAUAGCUUCGUCUUUUUUGUUUGCAUAUUUUGUUUUUGUUUUCUAAACAGUGUCGAGAGAACAUCAGCGCUAUAAGCGUUGACAUGUGAUUUUGCUUUUAGAAUAUAUAAAGGUAAAGGCUGACUCAUUAGCGUGGUGAAUGUUGAAGUUGCACACUGCUAUACGUCCGGUUGUAACCAUGAUCGACGUGAUUCAUCUGGCUCAAAUGCAUAUGCGAAUUUAAUGUGU